UGUCAAGAGAACUCGAGCCAUUUCGUUAUUAAAUUCACAAGCGUCAGUAACUCAGCUGUUACUCAAGCGUGUUCAGAUUAGUCCAUAAAUCAAAAAUGGAGGAAAUUUCCGAUUUAUCGAAAGUGCGAUUCACUCUCGUCGACGGUGCACCGAAACCGCCGCCUCUAUCGAAACCAACGUUUACUUUGGCCGAGUUAAAGGCGGCAAUACCGCCUCACUGUUUCGAACGAAGUAUGGUUAAAUCGAUGGCACACAUGCUGUGGAAUGUUUCUAUUUGCUGUGGAUUAUUUUACGGAGCCUACGUCGUUUUGGAACGAACCGAGUUGCCGUUUGUCGUAAGGGCAUUUGGAUAUUUGGCGUAUUGGUUUUUGCAGGGCAGCUUCAUGACUGGUCUGUGGACAAUAGGCCAUGAGUGUGGACACUAUGGAUUCUCAAACAAUGAGACGGUUGACGACACUGUCGGAAUCAUUUUGCAUUCAUUCGUUUUGACGCCGUAUCACAGCUGGAAAUUUGCACACCGUCGGCAUCAUUUGAAUACAAACAGUUGUGAAAAUGACGAAUUUUUCGUUCCGAUCACGGAAAGCGAGGCGAAAACGGCAUGGCGAGAUACAUUGGAAGACAGUCCCAUGAGCAUUUUUUACAGGAUUAUUCAAAUGUUGCUGGUGGGAUGGAUGCCGGGUUAUCUAUUCCUAAAUAAAAUGGGACCGAAAAAGUAUCGUGACGGUCCGAACAGUCACUUCAAUCCUUAUUCGCUUCUGUACACACCGAACGAACGAUUCAGUAUAUUGAUGAGCGACAUUGAACUAUUGCCUCCACUUGCAACCAUUGGCUACUUCAUUUACCACUACGGUUUCUCUUUGGUUUUCAAAUUAUAUUUAGCACCGUACCUGGUAGUCAAUGCGUAUAUUGUCAUGAUAACUUACUUACAUCACACAGAUACAUUUGUGCCGCACAUGAGGGAGGGAAAAUGGAAUUGGAUUCAAGGUGCUGCGGGCACGGUUGAUCGUUCCUUUGGCAAAUUUAUUGACAAUGCGGUAAAUCAUCUUUCUGAUACGCAUGUCCUGCAUCACUUUUUCCCGCGAAUUCCGUACUACAAUUCGAUCGAGGCAACGGAAGCAAUCAAACCAAUUAUGGGCGAAUAUUAUUUAAAGGAUACAACACCGUAUUUAAGUGCUCUAUGGCGAUCCGUGAAAUACUGUCAAUACAUUGCAGACGAUGGGAAAAUUGUGUUCUACCAAAAAUAUUUGUAAUUAAUUUUUAGCAAAUGUAUUAGGGGUAAACCAUUAUUGUUCAUAAUGAUGAUGGUUGACCCCUAUUGAUUAAAAUAGAUCUUAUAAAUGUAAA